AUGAUGGAGGAUCAUCUGACAGGCUUCAGAUUCUUUCCAACGGAGGAAGAGCUCAUCUCUUUCUAUUUGCACAACCAGCUCGAGGGCUCACUACAAGACCAGCUCCGCCGGAUCAUUCCAGUCCUUGACAUUUACGCGACGGAGCCGUGGAAUCUCCCAGAGCUUUCCGGAGAGCUGUGCCGAGAAGACAAAGAGCAGUGGUUCUUCUUCGCUCCUAUGCAGGAGAGAGAAGCGAGAGGAGGGAGACCGACCAGAAGCACGGCGGUGGGCUACUGGAAGGCCACCGGGUCGCCCUGUCACGUCUACUCAUCGGAAAACAAAAUGAUUGGGAUGAAGAAGUCUAUGGUCUUCUACGUAGGAAAAGCUCCAACAGGAAGAAAAACCAAAUGGAAAUUGAACGAGUAUAGAGCCAUAGAAAUAAUCUCGGCUCCCCCUUCCAAUUCUUCAAGUUCUAGCAUGCCCAUGUUUAGGUUGAGGCAUGAAUUCACGUUGUGCCGAGUGUACGUUGUGUCUGGGAGCGCCCGAGCAUUUGAUCGACGGCCGCUGGAGUUGGUGGCUGGAGAGACGAUACAAGGUGGAGAUGCUGGUGACGGCAGCAGCGGCGAAUCUGCUUCCCCAUCAAGAUCAAUGAUAGAAAAUAAUGCUGAAAUUUCCAAUUACAGGGAGACGAUUAGCAUGGAAACAGAAGAACCUAUAUGGGAUUGGGAACCGCUCAAUUUAUUUUAA